UAACCACUUUUGGACGAGUGCGUGGUGGUGUACCUGGACGACAUCCUCAUCUACUCGCGCGACAUGAAGCAGCACGUCGAACACCUACGACGCGUCUUGGAGAUUCUUCGACGAGAACGAUUCUACGUCAAAUUGUCCAAGAGCGAAUUCGCCCUUGAGAAGGUCCAGUUCCUAGGACACAUGGUGAGCGCUCAAGGAGUUCACGUCGACCCCAAGAAAAUCAAAGCCGUACGUACGUGGAAGACACCCAAGAACGUGAAGGAGUUACAGCAGUUCCUUGGCUUCACUACCUACUACAACACGUUCGUGCCGCAAUACGCGAAGAUCACCGCGCCACUUACGAAUCUGCUGAAGAAGAACACGCCCUACAAAUGGGAGCCGAAGCACCAGGAAGUCGUGGAGCAGCUAAAACAAGCACUCACGUCCGCACCAGUACUCAUCUUCCCAGAUCCCGAACGCGACUACGUUAUCGAGGCUGACGCCAGCGACCAAGCAGUGGGAGCAGUCUUGAUGCAAGACCAGGGGAAUGGACUGCAACCAAUCGCCUACCUGAGUAAGAAACUACAUGGGGCAAAACUAAACUACCCGAUACACGACAAAGAGGCCCUUGCCAUCGUCAUGGUUUUCAAAGCGUGGAGAUGUUAUCUCGAAGGACGAAGAACGACUGUCUACGCCGACCAUUGCAGCCUGAAAUAUUUGAAGACACAACCCAACCUUUCCAGGCGACAGGUCCGGUGGAUCGACUUCCUCGAGACGCACUUCCACUACGACAUCAAAAGCAACACCUACUUCACAGAAGUUGUCCAGAAAUUCGUCACCUCGUGUGAUACAUGUCAGCGUAUGAAGAGCAACAAGCAGAAGAAGGCAGGACUACUGCAACCUCUUCCUGUCCCAGAACAACCAUGGCAAGUGGUUAGCCUGGAUUUCAUCACCGGGUUACCGCCUACCAGCAGCGGUCAUGAUGCAAUCAUUGUCGUCAUCGACAAGUUCUCCAAAAUGGGACACUUCAUCCCGACACACACGACGGCACGCACCGAGGAGACAGCACAACUCUUCGUUCGUCACAUCAUCUCACAGCAUGGCAUUCCAACCUCACUCAUCUCCGACCGAGACCCCAAGUUCACCAGCAAGUUUUGGAAAGAACUUGUGUCUCUACUCGGGACCAAACUCGCCAUGUCAUCCGCUUACCAUACGCAGACAGACGGACAGACCGAGCGCCUCAACCAAAUUGUUGAGCAACUCCUCCGAUCAGCCUGCAAGGACGAGAUCUCCAAAUGGGACUUGCAUCUGCCCGUCCUGGAGUUUGCCUACAACAAUGCUACACAUGCCGCUACUGGACAGACGCCGUUCUUCCUCUGCUACGGACGCCACCCACUCACACCACAGAAACCGACAACAUCAGCAACAGUCCAACCAGCACACGACUUCAUCACAACCAUGCAUCAGCUUUGGGAUCGGUCCCACAAGCGCCUCCUUGACAUUCAGCAGCAACAAAAACGCCAGGCCGAUCGCCAUCGCAACGACCACACCGUUACCGUGGGAGACCAGGUGCUCCUUGACACCCGCAUUCUUGACAUCCGCCAUCUCCCAUCUAAACUUCGACCUCGCUUCUGCGGGCCUUUCCUCGUUGAAGCACAGGUUACUCCUGUUACCUUCCGCUUACGCCUGCCAGCUACUUGGAAGAUUCACAAUGCCUUCCAUGUCCAAGUUCUAAAGCCCUAUCAAGAUCCGAACACGAUCUUCGUCGAACGCCAACCGCCGCCGCCGCCGCCCGUCCUCGUCCAGAAUGAACCCGAGUACGAGGUCGAGUCCGUGCUUGCACACCGCCGUCGUCGGAAUGGCACAGUGGAGCUUCUCAUCUGUUGGAAGGGUUAUGAUCCUUCUGAGGACAGCUGGGUACCUGAGACCGACAUGGGUAACGCCCGUCGUCCUCUGCAUGACUACCUUGUCAAGCAGGUGGAGAUUGAGUCAGCCAGAACUAUAGGAGCUGCGUACCCAACUAGUUUAUUUCCGGGAGAAGAAAUUCAUCCGCCCAUCCACGUCACCCUACGCCGCUCCGAUUCUCUUCACCCCAAACAAGGACGGAUGGCUAUAGAUGUGUACCGAUUAUCACGCGCUCAACAACAUAAACGGGCCGACCCUGACCGCCCGUAGGAACUGGUUAUGGACGCCAG